AUGUUUGGAAGCCGUGUCUUUCCCGCUCUUGCUCUUCUCCUAGCCUUGACCAGCAUAGUAGGCGCUAGUGGUCCGACGAGUAUCUUCAUUGACCAGAUUGAAGAAUACGCACUUCUUGCAACAUGCGCCGAGCUCGAGUUGUCCACUAUCGUGCGUAACAUGAACCGCUACGACGUCGAUGCCAUCAAUAACGUCAUCGCUGUCAUCUUCCUCUGCUUCUCCAGCAUCGACGCUGCAAUCAGCAUUUUCAACACCUACCUCAACAACACCGAUCUCCUCAACUGA